AUGGACAGCCUGCCUACGCCCGCCCCUUCGUCGGACCCGCCGAUGCCGGGGUCGUCGCCCAUCAAGCGGAAGCACCCCGCGGGUCGUGCCAGUGCUCCCUUUGCCUCGGCUCCCGGCCUUCCUCUGACCUCCCUCGACCUCAACCUCGCUGCGGACCGCGUAAAGGCCUUCCACGCCGACCGCCAAAAGGCCGGUCAGACACCGCCCCCCUCGUCGCCCACGGCUCUAGCACCGAGCUCCUCUCCGCCAGCCCCGGUCUCGGGCGCAUCCCCCUGCAAGGAACAGAGGAUGCCCCGGCGCAGCGACGUGUCCGUGCCCCUCAUCCCGCUUGCGUCGCACGACGCCGCCGACCACACCGCACCUACGGAGCCCCUGCCCAUCGACGUCGGCCUGGAGCCGAACCCGGACGGAUCCGAGGCCGCUGAGGUGCCCCACCUCCUGUGGGCCUGCCGCACCCACAGCCUCGUCGUGGGGCGCUCCAAGCCGUCGGGCAUGCCCCACGCGUCCUGGCGCAAGGAGCAGGACGGCGUCGUCCUCAGCCAGGACGUGCAGCUCCUCCAGAGCAUCGCCCCCUCGACCCAGGGCCUCGGCGCGCGCAGGCUGGUGCGCGUCAACCUGCCCAACGAGGCGCGCCACGUCAGCCGCGUCCACGCCAUCAUCGAGUGGAUCCCCUUUAUCCACCGCGGCGCCCCCUCGACGUCGGACGCCGGGCCCUCGGCACCCGCGGGCACCUACAUUGUCCGCAUCGUCGGUCAGAACGGCCUCAUCGUCGAUGGCAAGCGAAGGAGGGAAGGCCAGGUUCUGCGCCUCACCGCGGGCAGGUCGACGCUCGACUUCUUCGGCGUCAAGUGCCGCUUCCAGGCCCGGGCGCCGCCGUCCGCCAAAUCAGUCGAGGCGACGACCCGCGGCCUUGCGGCAGGGCGUACGGCCGUCGGCCUGUCGCCUGUCAAGCGCCUCUCGUUUGCCCAGCUGUGGCAAGCCGACCCGACACCAGGCGCAGCGCGCCCCGUCGUUUCGUCCAGCCCGCCGCCCACGAGCGAGCUCCACUUUUCCUCUUCCUCGUCGCCCAGCAAGAGCUCGGUCGGCAGCGACAGCCCGACGAAGCGCAAGAGCCUGCAGUCGAGUGCGCCGCCGUCUGCCGCCCCUCGCAACAAGGCGGGCGCUGGCGAAGUCCUCAAGGCCGGCGCCGAUGCCCAGCGACGCCUCAUGAUCGGAGCCAGCGACGACGAGGGCGGCGAAGACGACGAAGACGAAGACGAGGAUGACGAGGACGACGACGACUACGUUCCGGAGCCCGUGUCGACGUCGCGCAAACCCUCAGAGGCCCGGUCGACGCAGCUCGACGACGCGCCGGCCUCGCGAGCGGCCACGCCGUCGACGACGGCGACCGUGCAAGGGCAGGCUGCCAAGGCCAAGGCGCCGCCGCCGACGACGGCCAAGAGGGCCUCGCCUGGCCACCUGACCGAGUCUCAGACGCGCAUGCCUCCGCCUGCGGUGGCGGUGACGGCGCGACGCUCCGUGUCGCGGAGGUCUGCCAGCAACAGCCCGGCGCCCGGCUCGCCGAUGCUGGGCGGACCGGCCCUGGCGACGGUCCAGGACUGGCAGGGCCUGGCGCGGCGCUGCGUGCGGCUGCUGGCGCCGACGUACGACCUGGCGGGCCUGCUGGUGGGCGCCAUUGUCUUCCACCGCACCGCCACAAUCAGCGCGUCCGAGGCGUCGUCGCCCAUGUUUGGCGUCAUCCACCGCGCGGGCAAGGAUGCCUCGGGCAACCCGCUCGAGUGCUGGUACUACUACGACAAGGAAAACGACCCGGACCGCGAGCGCGCCGACAACCUGGGCGCGUUCGCCAAGCCGAUGCGCAAGGCCAUCAAGGGGCAGAAGCCCAUCUUUUGGAAAAAGAGCGGGUACGGGUCGAGGAAGGACGACUUCGAGACGCCCGCACCGCCCGCGCCCGCCGCGGCCGUGCGCGGCGACGACCUCGACGAGUCGAUCAACAUGGCCGUGCGCUCGCUGCCCACGUCGGCCAUCGAGACGCAGCGGCUGGCGUCGGCGUCGGCGUCGGCGGGCAGCAAGCGACGACGGGGCGACGAGUCGGCGGCGCUGGGCACCGACGACGACGAGGCGCGGCGCGAGAUGCUGCGUGCCAAGAUUGCGCGCAGCGGCGUGUGGGACGAGACACAGCCCGAGGAAAAGGAGCCGAGCACAUGGGACAAGGUGGGCGACCUCGACUGGAAGAAGAGUCGCGGCUAG